AUGGCCUCACUUUCUUUAUUUGGCGAUACCUAUUUUCUAGGCGGUCUCACCAAUAGCGAGAUCGUGUUUUACCUCCGGCAAAAGUGGAAUCCGUGCCUUUCGCCUACGUGCGAGGGUCUCAACGUACUUCUGCCGAUUACACGCCAACUGUACUCCUACAGCCCACACAGCCCAAAGCAGAGAGCCGAGGACGAUAACAAGAAGCAGCAGCUGAUACCAGCCGCGGUAUGGAGGAUGUGGGACGAGGAAUGGCUUAGGAAGAACAGGGAAGUUCUUUCACAGGCCAUUGUCGAAUCUGGCUUGGACAAUCGCUGUUUCGACACUCUGGUGCGAGACGACGCUCUUACAAAGUCCCUCCUAACGCCGGUCGAGAUUGGUGUCUGGAAGAAUGGCAGCAACCUGUAUGGGCUUGACAUCUUCUCCUACGAUGGGAAAGGGUCGCUCGGCCACGUCGUGGCCCAAGAAAUCCUACAUCGCACGCCAUCGGGAAGCCAGUUUGCGUUCCCAACCUUUCUUCGCGUCCGAGUGAACCCUGCUUACGAUGGAGACUGCCGAUUUGCCGACCUCCUAAGCUUCGAGAUGCCUCUCGACCACCAGACCCCGGGCCCAGCGAAGUACCAUUGGCGACGCCACAGCUACACUCUGGUGGCAUGUGUCAGGUGCAAAACAACCAAGUCCAGAGACGCCGUGCGUCUCUACUCGAGGUAUGGCACGGCAAUGCCGCUAACAAUCCAUGGUGUCACGGCGGUCGACGACUCUUGGAAGCUGGGAGAGCCGGGCGCUUCCUACAUGCUCUUUUACGUGCGCUUGGGAUUGAACAUGAGUGCUCCUGACUCGACGGGAAUCCCCGAGUGGUCUCCUGCGGCCCCAAGCUCUUUGGUGAGCCUGUACACGGUUGCAAGGAUAAAUGCCGACCCAACAGGUCUGGAUCGUUACCCGGCAGACUUUCCCAAAGUCCCUGGAAUGGACUCCUCUGAGCACUCUCAAGAGGACCAUGAUGCCUCAAAUGCAAUUACUUCGGUCAUUCUCCCUCAGAACAUAGCCAUCGGCCUGCCCGAGAGGAAUGAGACUUUCAGACGGGACGGCCAUGGGUUGACGUUCGAUUAUAAUUUAUAUGGCCACCGGCUUCAGCAAACUUUGUACGCGGUUAAGGAGACCGACUUGAGGAGCAUCAAGCCGGCCAUUGAUCGCAUAAUGAUUGCCAAGGUUAGACUUGCACCGUUCUGGGAAAACAAGCCGUCGGUUAUUCCAUGGUAUUAUACCAAGAACAGGCUCCCCAUUUCGCGACAAACUGCCUGUCUUGAUGUCCCUGCGACUUUCGAAGGCAACGCUCCUGCGCCCUUCGGUAACGUUCAAGACCUGGAAUCGUCUGCAGACGACUACGAAAGCGUCCCAAGGCAGGUCAAGCGACGCAAGGUUACCGCGAUCAGAUUUCAGUCAGAGGUCCGCGACUCCGAGGCAUCCUCCCUUCAAGAUGCAGGCGUCGCCCCAGAGGCAGGUAGCGAAAGGCAGGAGGAAAGCUCUGAUGUCGUGCACUACUACGAUAGACAGAUAGACAUGGUUCCAGCAGCUCGCUCGCCAAGCCUGAACGCGAUGCGCACAUGUCUGGUGCUGGCGAUACCGACACAGGUUUCGAUGGACAGGAAAUGGAGCUGGACGAAAACCGGGAGGGCGAGGUAG